GGCCCAGUCAAGGAAGGUGGGGUGGAGGAGCCCACCGCCACCAACCCAGAGCUUCCUUUGCUUAGAGGUGACGAGCAAGCUGCCUGCCUGUUUGCUUUUAACCUUCAUCAACAAACACACUUUGGCAUUGACGUGUCUUUUUAUCUCGACCGAAUCUCCCCCAAAUCUACCAACGCACCUCAUAACUUCGUCACACCCAAAAUCUUGAUCAAUACACAUCUCAACUACCCCGCCUCAAUCGUCAACAUGGCAGACCACGAAGCCCAGAUCGUGGAGUUUGCAGGCUUAAGCGGCGCAAGUCCUGAAGAGGCCAGACAGUAUCUUGAAGCCCACAACUGGGAUCUCGCCGAGGCCAGCAAUGCUUGGUUCCGUGAUGCCGAAGAGGAUAACCGCGACACAUCCACAGCUUCCGCUCCCGCUCCCGACAAUUACACCGGUCCUCGAACCCUCGACGGUCGACCUGCUCCAGAGGCUGCACGCAGUAAUCAGCCAGCUCGCAAACCUGCCGCAUCACAACAGAAGAAGAGGGGAAUUGCUACGCUAGGAUCUCUCGGUAGCUCAUCCCACCAACACGAUCAUGGUGAUGACGAUGAUGAUGAUUUCGACGCCGAAGACGAUGAUGGGCGAGGAAACCUGUUUGCAGGUGGUGAGAAGUCUGGAUUGGCUGUCCAAGACCCUCACCAAGAGGGCGGCCCCAAGAAGAUCAUCAGUGACAUUCUCGCCAAAGCACGAGCUAACGCUCAACGCCCCGAAGCUGAGAACGAGGCUGGCCCUUCUGAGCCCAGUCGCUUCCGAGGAACUGGACAGACACUUGGCGGAGACGGUGUCGAGAGCCGCAGCAUUCCUGAUCCUCUCGGCCCAGCUCGCUCUUCGAAUGCCGAACCUCAAGAGCGAGUUCUUCACAUCUGGCAAGAUGGUUUCAGCAUUGAUGACGGUGACCUUCGCCGCUUCGAUGAUCCCGCAAACCAGGCCGACCUCGCUUUGAUUCGAGCUGGUCGCGCGCCCCUUCAUCUCAUGAACGUGCAGCAUGACCAACCCAUCGAUGUCAAGCUUCACCAGCACGAAACACCAUACCAGCCCCAACCCAAGAAGUACAAACCUUUCGGUGGCUCUGGUCAACGUCUUGGAGCUGUUGUUCCUGGCGUAGAGGGCUCAAGCUCUUCCUCCGCUGUCCCUGCCGCUACUUCCGCGGCUCCAUCUUCAUCCAAUGCUCCGAGCGUCGACGAUUCUCAACCCACAAUCAUGAUCCGAAUUCAGAUGCCCGAUGGCACACGUCUACCUGCUCGAUUCAACACCACCCACACUAUCGACGAUGUCUACGGUUUCGUACAGGGAGCGUCACCAGACACACGAUCUAGAUCAUGGGUUCUUUCCACAACAUUCCCCAACAAGGAUCAUACCGACCGCAGCAUGGUUCUUGGAGAGAUGCCCGAAUUCAAGAAGGGAGGUACCGCCGUUGUCAAGUGGACUUAGAUAUGGAAAAAUCGGCGUUGAGGUUGAUUUACGGACUGGCCAACAAAUGCAGAUGCUAGCAUUGACUUAUAGAGGUCAUGGAUAGAAUCACAGAUAGCUAAAAUGCGAA